CAUUGCAGAAGUGAUGUUCCUUUUCAAUGUUUUUAUACUUCGCCGCUUAGAAAAUUAAAUACAAUUAUAAUUUGAAAGUAAACAGAUAAACAAAGAAAUAGUUGUUCUCCACAAUGGAUGCCAAGGACGUCUGUAUAGAAAUAGAGAAUGAUGACUUUUAUAGCAAGUUCCUAGUGGAUUCAGUCAAACCGCUAGUUGGCGAAAACUUAUCAGUCACUGAACAAGUCGCCAAGCUCACACAAGGAAUCGACAAGUUAACGAAAAGCUUGGAAACGCAAGUUCUUGCCAAACACAAUGAUCUCUUAACUCAGGCAAGUAAUAUCUCCGAUCUUGAAACUAUGUUAGCAUCGGUACGAUCCCAAGUACAAGUUUUACUACAGAGGGCUGAUAAAAUCAAAGAACGUGUACACAAUCCUUUUUACGAGUUAGAAAAUCAAACAGUGAUGCUUGAACGGGUUCAAAUCACAUGUAAUUUACUUAGACACACAGCUAAAAUACUUAAUCUAUGGAAUAAACUUAGUUCAGUCAAAGAUAAUCCGGCAAAGAAAGCUAUGAUUUUAUUUGAACUCAAUGAAUUGAUAGGGGAUUACGAUUUUGAAGGAAUAACAGUACUUGAAGACGUGUUAACACAAGUUGAUCAACAGAAAAAAGAAUUAUUAAAGAACUCCACAGAACUAUUACAAUCCAGUCUGUUAGUUGGUGAUAAAACAAAACUUCUCCAAUGUUUUAAGGUAUUCCACAACUUACAAUGCACUGAGGAGCAAAUAAAGAAUACAGUAAAUUUAAUACUAAAAGAUUUGAGGAAAGGGAUAGCUAAUGCUCUAAAUGUACAGAUGGUGUCUAUAGAAAUUAAAAAAUCAAGCUCUGGCCGUGCUGCACCCGGCAAAGCAAACAUAAUGAAUGCACAAGACUUUAAAAUUAAACUUUGGGACAACAUUGACAAACUUUUCAAAAAUGAUAUUUAUAACAGUUGUAUGAAAGUUAUUAUGUUACAAAAUGUUGUGAAUGAACUUCAUGCUAUCGGCAACUUCAAGAAUAUUGCUAGAAACUUCUGGAACGAGCUGUCAAUGAUUUUUAGCAAUGAAUUGGAGAAAAGUUCAUCUACAGUAAACCAGUCUGUUGAAAUUGAUUUCCCGAAACUUCUUAAGUGUUUCAAUGAUCUCCUCUCCAAAUUAAAAUGUAAAAAUUUAGAAAUGAAUCGAACCUGCUUAACAAAGUGGGAGAAUUCCUUCUUGUCCAAGUCCUUAGGUAAGCUUCUAGAACCUGUCAGAAGUAUGUGGCAUUUGAACCAAGUGCCAACAAUGGACCAAAUUGAUAAUGCAAUUAGAAUCAUAACCGAAGCUCUAAGUAUUUCACUUGGAGAUAAGCAGCUGAGUAUAAGUUUAGCUAACAGUGUAGCUAAGAGCAUAAAACAAAUGAACGUUGAGGCUGAACAGAGGCUCUCAAUGGAAAAUGAUGUUGCACAAAUAAUUGAGGCACCGACAAGCUCACAACAAAAGAACGCCGAUCUUUGCAAUGCACUGCAUUACUUUUCAUCACAAAUAAAACGGGUCCUUGCGAAUAUGAAUUCAAUGCUACCACAAGAGAGCGUCCAAAUAGUCCAGAACAGUUUAAAAGACAUUUCAAGUUUACCAGUUCUAAAUGUUUUCACUGAAUCCAUCAAGAACUCUCUCUAUUUGAUUCUCGUGACAAUGCAUGACGAACCUGAUUUAAUAAAAGCAGAUGAACCAAAUACCAAGAACAUGUCAUGCUCUCCGUAUAUGAAAGAGUUGCAACACUUUGUGUCUAGAUGUAAAGAGAUAUAUCUCUCCAUGUUCCAUGACAAAUUAGCUCUUAACCAAUGUUGCAUAGACAUUUCUAAAUCCUGUAUCGAGAGAUUUAUCCAACAUGUGUGUAACGUCAGACCUUUGAGCAAGUAUGGCCGAGCAAAACUUCAGGCUGACUGUAAACACUUGGAGAUUUCUUUAUCGCCUUUGGUGAACGACAUUUCAGAGUUGGGCGAUCAUUAUCGCCAAUUAAAGGCGUUAUAUCUGCUUUUAGAAAAGACUCCUCAAGAAAUUGCAAAAAGUCAGCAUGAGGGAGCUGCCUUGCCACACUCUUUGGUAAUGAUGUUUUUAUUCGCUCACGGUGGUCAACAAUUGUUAGCUCCGCAUACAUGUGCCGGUUGGAAUAUACAGAGAUUGAUUCAGUGGCUUGAUUCUCAUAAAAACGAGAGAGACAGACUAGAGUUUGUUGCUGGUUCUUUACAAAGAUACCAGAAUCAUAUUCGACAGAAUCAAAUAGCUACAUAUGACGAAGUUUACCCUGUGUUACUGCAACUUCUUGAAGAUGGCAGAAAACUUUUGAAAAAAUGAAAUUUCACAUAAUUAUUAUUAGUAAUUAAUAUUAUUUAGUAAAUAUUGUAAUAUCGUAUAAUGUUGUAAAUCGUAUUUUAGAAUUAAAGACAAAUGUUAACAUAGAUAUUUAUUAUUAAAAUAAAAUUUGUUGAAACAAAA